UCCUCAAGAGAACAACAGCAGAGGUGCCCAACUGUCCCACUCAACAACUGGCCCUGCCAUUGCCCAUAUCCCCUUCGAUGUGUAUUAGGCAAAGGACGGAGCUUUAUCUUGUGGUGUAUCCUUGUUCUAGCCAGAAGAGGCCUCUGAGGAAAGAAGAGCUUGAAGAGGAGAUGGCAGGAGUAGCAACAGACUUGAGUGCAGAGGGGUUGGAGGAAACAGGGGAGCUACAACCUCCCAAAUCAGACGCUACCUUCCAACAAGUUACCAACCUCCUGAACAUCAUGGACAGUGAGUCAGUGAAGUUGGACACGGAGGGGGCAGGUCUAGACCUGCGCAAGACCCUGGCCUCAGUGAUAAUCACAGACAAAGCCGCCACCGAGCCUUCUGUGGUGAUGAAUGCCCUCAUUCGCUCCCUGCAGAUGCCGGAGAUUUCCACCCAGCGCAAGGUCACCAUUUACAGCAUUCUCCAGGAGAUCAUCCAGCAGCAAGGGGAGCUGGAGGAGCAGUGUGUGCAGAGGCUGGUCACUGUCGCCUCCAAGGAGAUGAGGGAGCUCUCGGAGAUGGAGGGCUAUGUGAAAGCAGAAGUGGCCAGUGACACCCUGGUGGCCCUAUCACGGAACCACUUCAACUUGGUCAUGUAUGAGCUGCAGCACCACCUCAAGCCCCUCAGUCUCUCUGACGAAUUUGUCAUUGUCACCUUGGCCAAGCUGGCCAAUGGCAAUGUAUUUGAGUUUAUGCCAUACAUGGGCAUCACCCUGGCCACAAUCUUCACGAUGCUGAGACUUGCUGAGGAAGCCAAGAUGCGCCAGGUGAUCUGCGGUGCCGUAGAGACCUUCUGUGAGGCGGUGCAGUGUUACCUGAGGCACCUGGAGGACAGCACGUACCCUGUGAUGACCGAGGAGCAGUUUGCCGUGAAGUUGUUCCCCAUGUAUCGCUACUUUGUGACUGUGUGGCUGAGACAUCCCAGCCCCGAGGUGAAGGUGGGGGUCAUCAAGUCCCUGAAGCCCAUGCUGAGCCUCCUGCUGCCCAACGAUGACCUGCGGGAGCAGGUGUAUGACUAUGUCCCCCUGCUGCUGGCCCAGUACCAGAGCAAAGAUCACUUACAACCAGGACUGCAUCCCUUGCAGGUCUUGAGACAGAUUCUGGAAGCAUCGGUCACCACCAACACCCCUGUCCCCCGAAUGCAGCUCCAUCCCAUUUUCAUGGAACUGCACUCCCAGGUGUGUAGCAAAGGCCCAGCUGUGCACCAGUACAACAACCAGAACCUGGUGGAGACUGUGCAGUGUUUUGUGGCCCUAGCUCGCUCCUACCCCAAGGAGCUGAUGAGGUUCUUCCUGGGCCAGGUGGAGACAGGCAAGGAGGCCACCUGCGUGGCCACGCUGUCCCUGAUCAAGGCCGUGGUGAGCGCAGAAGAGCCCAGAAUGAAUAUCAGGACCAUCAGCCUGGCCAUCCGGGUGGUCAAGAACUCCCUCUCUGAUACCCGCUCCAAGGUGAGAGUGGCUAUUCUCCGCAUCAUUGGCCAGUUGGCUCAGUCCGGCUACCAGGACAGAAUCAAAGGCUGGGGCCUGAAGUACGUGUCUGUGCAGCUGACCCUGUCCACCUACAGACUGGAAAAUCACCGGGAAAACUGUUAUCAAAAGGACUUGGAGGAGAAGAUGGUCCACAAGGUCACCAUGGACACCGUGAGGAUCAUAACAUCUUCUGUCAGUGGCAUGGCCAAUGAGUUCUGGAUGAGACUGCUGAGCUACAUCAUGGAGACAGACUGCAUGGAGGCCCUGACCCCCAUCUGUGUCAGCCUUACGAACCUGGCGAUGUGCCAGCUCCACAGCAGUGACCAGGAGGCUGGUGUGGCUGGCAAGGGCAAGCAUGUGGACCUGCCUGCACCUCAGAAGCUGCUGGCUCGUCUCCUGGUGCUGGUGUCAUCACCCUACAAAGGGGAGGGCCGUGGGGUAGCUAUGCUCAACCUCCUGAGGACGCUGAGCCACAGCAUUGUGCCCACCUUGGCCGGCAUGUGGCAGCAGGAGAUCCCUCUGCUGGUGCAGUACCUGGAAGAGCACACUGAAUUCACCUGGAAUCAGAAGGUCUGGGAGGACAAGCUCAUGCAGUUCCUGAGAAACUCCCUCCGGAAGACCAGGGGAACCCACUGGAGCCUGCGCCUGAGCAAAGAGCUGAACAACCUGAUCCAGAGCUUUGGCAGCCCCUCCUUGGAAAAGGGCUUCCUGUACAGGGCCUUGGGCUUCACCUUGGCCAUGGGCCUAGAGGCCAACAAGGUGGAGCUGCUGCUGUUGGAGCUGCUAUACAAGACUGACUAUGGCAAUGACUUCGACAGGGAGGGUGUGAUUCAGUGCUUCGGCCUGUGCGCCCACGGCCAGGUGAAGACAGUGCUGAAUGUGCUCCAGGACUUUGAGGAGAGGAUCCAAGAAUCAGAGCAGACCUGGCAGAUCAGCGCCUGGCAGAAGGACCACCUCUGGAAGCGGGAGACUGUCAAGAGCACCCUCAUGGUGAUGUAUAGUUGCGUGUCCUCUUACUGCCACCCCCAGAUGCUCCUCGCCUACGUGGACAACCCCAUCACUGCUAAGAUCAUUCACCACUACUCCAGCAGCUGCCAGGACAUUGGCCUCAAAAUGGCCUUCAUGAAGAGUAUUGUUCAGGUCACCACUGCUGUCAGAAACAUCAAGGAUCUGGGGGACUUUCAGUUUGCUCCAAAGCCGACUCUUACUGACCUCAUAAUGGUGAUCCUCAAGGCAGAGCCAACCGACCACCUGGCUUCUCCUGUGCGGGCAAUGGCCAUGGAUGCCCUCUCGCACCUGAGCAAGCUGAGGCCUUUCUACCCCGCAGAGGAAAGCAUCGAGCUGAUGGAGAUCAGCAUACGUUCUGUAAUUUCUCUCCAACCCCCAGGAGAGGACAACGAGCCCAUUAAGACCCUGUAUGUGAACGCCCUGCACUCCCUGGAGUGGCUGAUGGAAGGCCUCCUGCAGAAGCAGCUGGACCCUAAGGGGCUGCAAGAGACAGUGCAUCUCCUGGAGAAGUGGAUCUUGUCCGAGAAAGAAUGGGAGCGGGAGAAGGCUAUGAACCUGCACCUGCACCUUGUAGAGCUCUACGUCCGGAGUGUCAGCGUCUGUAUCCCCCUGAAGCUGGGCCAGUUUGGCACCCUGGUGGGACUCGUUGCCCCAUGCAUCUGUGACGCCCACCGAAGAACUCGCAUGGCCUCAACUAAUGUCCUGUCCAGCCUGCUAGAUCUUCAUGCAAGCCAGACCUGCUCCUUAUGGGGCGCCGCCCAGGAGAAGGAGCUGCAGAAGUGUAGGGAAGACCUGCUGAGUAUGGACGAGGAGAAGGUUUCGGGCGUGUCCUCCAGAAUUGCCAAGGUGGUCUGCAUGGAGUUUAACUGUGAUGAGGUGGUCUCCCUCAUCCAGAAGCUGUGCGAGAACAUCGGGGCCAUGGACCUGCAGCAUGACAAGGCUGCCGUCACCUGGAUAGGCACCUUCCUCCAAAUGCGGGUCAAGGAGCUGGACGACAAGGUGGCUGAAAUCUUGGGUGCCAUCCUGGUGCACCUCCCUGCGGUGGACCACCUGCAGGUGCGGCGUCCUCUCAUUGAAGGCAUCCUCCUGCUGGCCCAUUUCCACCAGGAGACGGUUCUCACAUCACUGCUGAGGCAGCCCCUGCCCAUGCAGAGCCACCUGAAGGAGGUGUGGCUGGCAGCCGCAGAGAAUGUGCCCUUUGCGCGGAGCAUGCUGCGUGGCCUGAUGGGCCGGCUGCAGUCGCGGUUCACUCCCAGGGUGCAGCCCACCUCCAAGGCUGACAUCUGGCGCCUGGCCGCGGUGGACCCCCUGAUGAUCCUGUGCACCUUGUGCCUCCUCCUCGAGAAGGUGGACAAAGAGAACAAGCUCCUGGACCUGUUCCCUGACCUCAUCUACACCCUCCUGAUGCAGCUCAGCUGCAGCCUCAGGCCCAAGGCCUCCUCACCCGUGCUGAAGACCUGGAGACUGGUCCACAUAGGGACGCUUCCUGAGGAGCUGAACCUAGAGAGGUGCUCAGGGCUGGUGGUCACCAUCAAGUCCAUGCGGCUUCUGUUCGAGAGACUCAACAGCGAGGGCUUGGUGUGCGCCCUGGAGGAGCACUCAGUGUGGGCCCGGCUGGAGAGCAGUGCCACCUUCCUGGAGGGAGUCGGCCUGCUGGCCAGGCUGUACGUGGAGAGCGAGGUGGGCUACAGGCAGCGGCUGCUGGAGCUGAUGCUCAGGGGCCUGGGCUCGGAAGUGCCAAGCUGCCGGAUCAGCUGCACAGCAGCCUGCGUGGAAGUGAGGCACCUGUUCAUGAGCAACCCAGUACUAUACCAGGAGAAGCUGCUGAGGACAGCAGUGCUGCUGCUGGAGAAGGGGGCAGGGCAGCAGGAGGAUGAGGCCCUGCAGGUGCUGUCCCUGCGCGCCCUGGGCAACAUGGCCCUCGGUGCACCCCGGAAGGUGAAGCAGUACCGGAAGCUCCUGCUGCAGCAGUGCCUGGGCUCCCUGCAAGGGGCCACAGACAGCAGGGUGAUGGUGACCACGGAGGGCAUGGAGGCCCUGACCAAGGUCCUGGCCCAGCUCCGGGAGGGAGAUGUGGGCUUUGCUUUCAAGGCCAUCUCUGAGCAGUGCAGGCUGUUCUUCGACAACGAGAGCGAAGUGCUCCGGGAAAAGGCUUUCAUCCUCUUUGGGAAGCUGGCCAGGCUGGUUGGGAUUGCCAGGAGGCACUUCUUCAAGGAGGAAGUGAGGAGAGCCUGGGUGCCCCUCCUGCUGCACUGCCAGGACCCCUGCUCCAGCACAGCCCAGGCCUGUGUGGCUACCAUGCUCCAGUGUGUGCACUUCUGGGGCUGGAAGUCCCUGGAGAGCCCCUUGGGGCACAGCGACGCUGGCACUGAUGAUGACAAGAUGAUCACUUUCCAGACAACCAUGUGCUCCAUCUUGACUCAGAAAAAGCCUGCUGUUCUCUAUGGCUUCCUGCUGGAAACAAUGAGCUACGUUAAAAAUAACCUGUCAAGGAUCAGAAUUGUUGCCUGCAACUUGGCAGGAAUUAUUAUGAAGCAGCUCUCUGCCCAUUAUGUGAAGAAGCUGGACCUACCAGGGCUACGGAAUUCUCUCCAGGAGCUGCAGCUGGACUCAGACCCUGGCGUCAGGAGGGCAGCCCUGGAGGCCCUGAAAGUCCUGGACAGCUGCAGUCAGGCCUGGUUCCCAGCUUUGCCACAAGGAGUGUCCUAGGGGUCCAAGCAGGCCAUGGGUCUUGCUUCCUGAGUGCUGACCCCUUCCA